ACUUCAAUUAAAUCUAAAUAAAGAAAUAUCUAAUGAUGAUUUAGUUGUUGUAUUUGAAAUAUUCUUUAACUUAUCUUUAUUUCAAAAUUAUGAUAUCAAUGCUAUGUUUUCAGAAUUGAUUUCAAAAUUAUCACAAAGUUUUAUUCAAUCAUUGGCGGAAGAAUUUCCUCCAGGUCUGUUUCUAGCUUCUGUACACGAAAGUGAUGAUGUUAGAAAAAUUGCUUGGAAAUGUUUACAAAUAACUUUGAAAGAUUCAAAUUUAAAUUCAAAUUUGAAAAUUCAUGAAUAUUAUCAACUAUUCAAGAAACUUUUAGAUUAUUAUCUUUAUAAUAAUUUGAGAAAAUCAACUUUUGAUUAUCCUAUAGUAAAAAAAGAAGGAUUGUAUUUAACUGGAAUCACAAAGAUCAUUUGUAUCCUGAAUUCUGAAAUACUUCAUAAUAUAUUAAAUGAGGAUGAAAAUUUUGAUAUGUCAAAAUUAUUAAGAGAAAAAUUUAUCAAUAAUAAAAGUGAAAGUACAUUUGUAGAGAUUGUUAGAUUUUUACGUGCAUUUUUAUGUAAAUUAAAACAUCACUUUUGGUUUAAUUCAGAAGAAUCUUCACCAUUAAUGCUUUUGAAAAGUAUAAUAAAUGUAACUGAUAAUCAGAUCUUUUAUAAUGUGAUGGAAUCAACAAAAUCUGAACCAACAAAAAAAGUUGUAUUCGAUUUGUUCCCUGCUAUUAUAGAUUCUUUGCGUGAUUAUGAUGAUGAAGAAUACGAUAUUUUUAUUAAUGUUAUGUUGGGUAAUUUACUAUGUAUAUUUCAACAAAGUGAUAGGAAUGAGGAUUUUUCUUUAAGAUCAUUGAAGAUGGCUUUAAAGAUAAUAGAAGAUAAUAAUUAUUCAUUUCAUUCUAAAUUGUAUUAUAAAUUUCAAAAUGCGAUUAAUGAUAGAUAUGGAAUAUUUCAUAAAAAUCCUUCAGGAACGGAACGAGAAAAAAUUAUUAACGAAAUUUCAAAGUAUGGAAAUGAAGUUAUCCAGGAUGAAAAUGAUGAUCAAAUCAGUGAAUCUGAACCAAAUCCAAUAAUAAUAGAAUCCGUACCAAAAAAAAGAACUCUAGAAAAUCCAAUUUCACUUAAUUCGCUGACAACAAAUACUCCAUCUAUUACUUCUAAUGACUCAUCUGAAUUAACGACUACUGAGACUACAAAGACUACUGAGGGAUCAUCUGAAAAACAACCGUCAUUAAAUAUGAUGCGAAGGAAACCUAUUUCUUGGAAUCAAUCAAAAGCACCUAAUAGUCGAAAGGAACAAAGUAAAAUCAGUAAAUUGCACGAGUCAUUCUUAAAAGAACAAAAAGAGAAAUUUGAAAUGUUUAAGAGAGCUAAAGAGGAAAAUGAAAAGUAUGCUAAGAUUGACGAAAAGCGUCGUAAACUCCGAGAGAUCGAAAUAGUUGAUUCGGAAAUUUCACAAAAAUCUUUAUCAAGAUCAGUUACACCCCAAGCUGUUUCAUCAACAUCAGAUAAUGAAAGUGCAGAAAGUGUCAAUCCUAGAAAAUCGAAAAGGAUAAAAAUAGAUGACGGUAAAAACUCGAAUAAUUCUAAUAAUUCAAGAUUGCGAAAGUAUAUUCCACCACCACAGAAGCCAAGAAAAACAAAGUUGCUUGAUAUGAGGGAAGUAAUUAAACAUCAAGAAUCAUCAUUUCAACAGCGAGCAGUCGCCAACAAACGUAGAAGAGAAAAUAUAGAAAAGAGGUUGAAACCAAAUAUAAAUAAUCUCUUCAAGAAAGUAUUAUCAUGGGGUUUGAAAUCAAAAGGAGAACUUCCACCAAAUACUUUAAGAGAUCAAUACCAUCAAAUUCCAGACACAUUCGAAAGUGUCGAACAAUAUAUCAAAAUUUUCGAGCCAUUAUUGAUCUUGGAAUGUUGGCAAAGUUUCGUGCAAUCGAAAGACGAUUUAGAUAUGGAUAAUGAUAAAUAUGAUAAAUUGAUAAUUGAAGGUAUAGCUUCCAUUGAUGAUUUUCAAGAAUUAUCGUGUAGGAUGAAUUUGGAUAAGAUGAGAAAUAUCGCUGAUAGUGAUUUAGUAAUUGUAGUACAGAAUAUUCCAAACAAAGACUCAGCUAAAAUGUUUUUGGCUAUUGUGAAAAGUUGCACGAACCAUGAUCAUGUUACAUUAUUAUGUUAUUUACAAAAUGAAGAUAUGAGUAUUAGGAGCGAGUUAAGGCCAGAAACAAGUUGGUUGGUAUAUAGAAUCAUGAGUCUAACACCACCUAAACGAGAAUAUGCCGCUUUAAUUGGAUUGCCACACUUUCAAUACAAAGAUAUGAUCUUAAACCCGAAAGGGCAAAUUUAUAGUCCAAUUCCUGAAAAUGAAUUAGUCGAAUAUAUGACAAACUUUCACAUUAAUCAAUCCCAAGCGGAGGCUGUUCACAAGGUCAUACAACAGAAAAAUGGCUUUUCGUUAAUACAAGGUCCUCCGGGUACCGGCAAGACAUCGACAAUCCUUUCGAUCAUAAGUUCUCUUAGAGGUGUAUCUAAUCAAUAUAAACAUAGAAUUUUAGCAUGCGCACCCAGUAAUGCAGCGGUGGAUGAAUUGGAAAGGAGGCUUCGACAAGGAAUUUACAAUUCUUGUGGUGAUAUCGUUCAUUUGAACAUUGUAAGAUUUGGUAAAUUAGACAGUUCAGAUAAAGAUCCUAAUUCACCCGAAGGUGAACAAAAGUUAAAAUUGGAUCGAUUGGAAAAAAAAUUAAAAGGUUUAAAUAAAAGACGUCAAGAAGCACGAAGUGGAUGGGAUCGAAGUACGAUAGAUGCGGAAAUUGAUCAAACUAAGGAUGAAAUAGGGAAAACUUAUGAAACUUUGAGAAAUUUGAAAGCAGAACAACAAAGUGUUAAUUACAUGGCAAAACGUGGAAAUAUUAGUAAUGCCGAUUUGUUCGAAGCCGAUGUUGUCUGUGCGACAUUGGCAGGAAGCGGACACGAGACAUUUGCAAAUAUUGGCAUACAAUUUUCUACGGUUAUAAUUGAUGAAGCCGCCCAAGCGAUAGAAUUAAAUACAUUAAUACCUCUCAAAUACAACGCAAGCAGGAUUGUUUUGGUUGGAGAUCCUAACCAAUUGCCGCCUACGGUAUUAUCUCAAAUUGCUACAGAUUAUUCAUACGAACAAAGCUUAUUUGUUCGAUUUCAAAGAUGUUUUCCGAGUGCUAUUCACUUGUUAGAUACACAAUAUCGAAUGCAUCCCGAAAUUAGCAGAUUUCCAAGUCGUUUGUUUUAUAACAAUGCAUUAUUAGAUGCACCUGAUUUAGAAAGAAAAAAAUCGCAAGUAUGGCAUAGUAUGCAUAUCUUUGGACCGUAUAGGUUUUUUGAUGUUGAAGGCAAAAUGAUUAAAGAUAAGAAGAAGUCUUCGUAUAAUACUGAUGAGGCUUAUGUAGCCGUAAAAUUAUUUUUAACUUUAAUCAAAAAAUUCCAAGAUGUUGAUGUAAGUAUUUAUAUAUACAUUGAAAAAAUGACAAAUAGAGAUAGUAUCUCAUAUUGCGCAAAAUAUUUUUUUUUUUUUAGUUCAAAGAUAAAGUCGGUAUUAUUACUCCGUACAAAAGGCAAUUGAUUGAACUCAGGGCAAAAUUUAAACAAAGGGUUCCUGAGUCUUAUUACAAUAAGAUAGAAUUCAAUACCGUAGUAAGUAAUUA